GUCGAGCUAGUGCAUUAAAAAACGACCCAGUAGCGACUGUAACGUGUCCGGGCGAGCUGGAGAGUCCUCGCCUCAUAUCUAUUUUUUACUUAACACAUCAUAUAUAACAAGAAAAGUGACAAACGGUUACCGGUUCGAGGACACGUUACGUACGGGGCACGUAGGAGCGGUGCGGUUUAUUAGCUAAAACAAAGCGGACCCUUAUAACAGUUUUAGCUAGUCUUCGCCUCGGUAACCGUUAACAAGAGGACUCUUUUUCUGGGGCUAGAUGUUACUUUAAACCGACCGAAACGCCAGUAUAACAUCAAGACAAGAUGGAUCUACGGUUGCUUUUCAUAGCAACGUUAUCAGUGGUCCUUGGUGGCAGCUGGGCACAGCAAGAGGGGAGCAUAUGCAUCAAGGCGAACGCACAGUCAUGUGGGGAAUGCAUCCAGGUCGCAGAGUCGUGUGGAUGGUGCACAGAUGAAGACUUCCUCACUGUGGGUGAGUCCAAGUCGGCUCGCUGUGAUGAUCUGGAAUCCCUGAAGAAGAGAAAGUGUGCUGUGACCAAAAUUGAGAACCCACGUGGACGCAUCAACAUCACUAAGAACACGCCUGUGACCAACCGCAAGAAGGACAGUGCUGCCAAACCCACCCCUGGCCAGAUCACCCAGAUUCAGCCUCAGAAACUCACCCUGACACUCAGAACUGGUGAGCCCCAGACUUUUGACCUGAAAUUCAAGCGUGCUGAGGACUACCCCAUCGACCUGUAUUACCUUAUGGACCUCUCCUUCUCCAUGAAAGACGAUUUGGAAAAUGUCAAGAACCUUGGGACUGACCUCAUGGAGGAAAUGCAGAAGAUUACCACAGAUUUCAGGAUUGGUUUCGGCUCAUUUGUGGAGAAGACGGUCAUGCCGUACAUCAGCACCACGCCAGCCAGGCUCAUCAACCCCUGCACAGGGAACCAGAACUGCACCAGCCCCUUCAGCUAUAAGAACGUCCUGAAGCUGACAGACAAGGGAGACGAGUUCAAUCGGUUGGUCAGUCAGCAGCAGAUCUCAGGAAACCUGGACUCUCCAGAGGGGGGUUUUGAUGCCAUAAUGCAGGUGGCCGUCUGUGGGGAACACAUCGGCUGGAGGGACGUGACUCGUCUGCUGGUGUUUUCCACUGAUGCUGGUUUCCACUUUGCUGGAGAUGGCAAACUUGGCGGCAUCGUCCUACCCAACGAUGGGAAGUGUCACCUGGAGAACAACAUGUACACCAUGAGCCAUUACUAUGACUACCCCUCCAUCGCCCAUUUAGUUCAGAAACUGAGUGACAACAACAUCCAGACCAUCUUUGCUGUCACUGAGGAAUUCCAGCCUGUUUACAAGGAGUUGAAAAAUCUUAUUCCUAAAUCAGCUGUUGGCACAUUGUCCUCCAACUCCAGCAACGUGAUCAAACUUAUUAUUGAUGCUUACAAUUCUCUGUCAUCUGAGGUCAUUCUGGAAAACACCAAGUUGCCUGAGGGAGUUUCCAUCACCUACAAAUCCAUCUGUAAGAACGGUGUGGAGGCAACAGGGGAGAAUGGCAGGAAGUGCUCCAACAUCUCCAUUGGGGACGAGGUGUCUUUCAAGAUUUCUGUUGAAUCCCAGAAGUGUCCAUCUCAUGGCAAAACUGAGACCUUUACAAUCAGACCGCUGGGCUUCACUGAAGAGGUGGAGAUAGUUCUGAACUUCAUCUGCGACUGUCAGUGUGCCAAAGAAGGAGAGCCCAAAAGCGAGAAGUGCCAUGAAGGCAAUGGGACCUUCGAGUGUGGAGCCUGCAAGUGUGACGAGGGACGUAUUGGGCGUCUUUGCGAGUGCAGCAAAGAUGAAGUGCGGACUGAGGACUUGGACGCCAACUGCCGAAAAGACAACGGUACAGACAUCUGCAGCAACAAUGGUGACUGCGUCUGUGGCACCUGCGAAUGCAAGAAGCGGGAGAAUCCUGCAGAGAUCUACAGUGGGAAGUACUGUGAGUGCGACAACUUCAACUGUGACCGCUCCAACAACAAGCUCUGUGGAGGACAUGGGCGCUGUGAAUGCAGGAAGUGCAUCUGUGAUGCCAACUACACAGGCAGUGCCUGCGAUUGCUCCCUGGAGACUUCCACCUGCCUCGCCAAGAACGGGCAGAUCUGUAACGGCCGUGGUACUUGUGAAUGUGGAAUCUGCAAAUGCACCGACCCCAAAUUCCAGGGUCCAACCUGUGAGAUCUGUCCCACCUGCCCAGGUGUCUGCGUUGAACACAAAGAUUGUGUGCAAUGCCGAGCAUUUGGGUCUGGUGAGAAGAAGGAUACAUGUCAGCGUGACUGCAACUACUUCGAAAUGGUCAAGGUGAAGGAUCGCGAUGGGCUGCCACAGCCCACAGACCAGAGCUUCCCUCUGACUCACUGCAAACAGCGUGACGAAAAUGACUGCUGGUUCCUCUACACCUAUGCCAUCAGGAACCAGACCAAGGAGGUCUUCGUGGUGGAACAGCUGGAGUGCCCAGCAGGACCUGACAUCAUUCCCAUCGUGGCGGGUGUGGUAGCGGGCAUCGUGCUGAUCGGCCUUGCCCUGCUGCUCAUCUGGAAGCUGCUUAUGAUCAUCCAUGACCGCCGAGAGUUUGCCAAGUUUGAGAAGGAGAAGAUGAACGCAAAGUGGGACACGGGUGAGAAUCCGAUCUACAAAAGUGCCGUAACAACUGUCGUCAAUCCAAAGUACGAGGGCAAGUGAUGGAGCCCAGCCUUCAUCGUGACAACACUGUAUGGAAAAGAAUUUGGGCUGAUUGGACGGGAGGGGCGGGUUUUAUAAUGCUCUCACUGUUUGUUUGUUGUUGUUGAUGUUGUAGUCACCAAAUGAUAGCGAUGCAUUUUGCCACUAUGUCAGUUUGUUUUACUAAUGUGUUUUUAUUUUCUAUGCAUCUUCUGAAAUGUGUACAGUCUGUGUAAAUGUGGGGUUUUGUUUUGUUUAUAUUUCUCUGCGGAACUUGACAGAAUGUGUUAAACUGAAUUGUAGUUUUUUUUCCGCCACAGGGCUGGCAAGAUAACGGAGAGCCUAGCUGUGCCUUUUUUUUUUUAAAUUUUACAUAGAACCAUCAAGCCAUCAGUGUUUUGUUGACGGUUGAGCUGGAUGUUGAUAAUGGGCAACAAAUGAAGAGUUCCUCUCCAAAUAACGGCAGCCUUAUCAGCCGAUGUUUAAAAAACACAGGUUUUAAUAUUGAUCUGUCGGAGCAAAGGUCUUACUGUGUCUGUAAUCAUUUUGACUCUUUUUUUUUUUUUUUUCUUUUUAAACGUCUCUGGAUUGAAACUCUUCAAGCGUAGCGCCAGGUGGCCGAGUGGUAGCAAUGAAAUGUGUACAGUAUGUUUUGGUUUCUGUGUUAAAGCCAUAUAUGUAUUCACAGAACAGGAUGGAAGGCGUUUGUAUGCGUUUUUCUGAAUGACUUAAUCCCUCUGAACAAUCAAUUGAAAUGUGUCUUUUGUCUAGAAAAGAUAUAUUUUCUUGCCUUUCUAGAGCAAAGGACAUCAGUGUACACUAGUGUUCUGUUUGGCUCCAGGUUUUACUUGCUUAAUUUAAAGCCAACUCAGGUCCUUAAAUCAUCACAGCAAUGCCAAAUACACGCAAACCUGCCUUAUUUGCUAACAAAAUCUGCUAAUGUUGAAAUGUUUUAUUUGUAGGAUAUGAAUUGGAGAUGGGUCCCACUUUUUUCCUAUAUGUCAGUAAUUCCACCCAACUGUCUUGUGGUGCUUCGAUCAAACAUUUUUUUUAAUAACAAAAAAAAAUGGUGAUAAUGUCAUUUAGUUUUAAAGAUCAGUGGUAAGGGAAUGCUCUCAAGAUCUGUAGAAUAUUUGGGUUUUGUAAAGAAAAAAGAGAAGACAAAAAAGGUUACGACUAUCACCGAUCUUUUUAAGUGCCUUUUUUAAUUUCAACACAUUCACAUUUGCAAUUCUGUAUUUCUGAAAUUAUUUAUUAAAUAAACAUUGAAAACAAUUUUACCCCUA